AUGAAUUGUUUCGAAGAGGAAGGCGUGAAAUCUUACAUCAAUGAUCUUAGAGGUGGGCGAGAGGUCCUAGUGGACCACAUUUAUGGCCGGCUCUUGGAAAUGUUGUUCCCCUGGGGGGAGGGCUUCCUGCAUGAGCGGGAAGAUUAUCCCUCCCCAGCCUCACAAAAACAAUCCGAUGUUACCUUGUCAGCAGUUAUCAAUCAGAGGCGAAAGAAAUUGAUUAUAAUCGAGAGCAAGCGAGAGGUCCAGAGAAGCACCACAGGGCCAACAAAGAGAGCUUGGUCGGGAGCCGAGUCGCAGCUCAGAAAAUUUUGUCAAGUUGCAUACAAGGACCAAGGCUCGCUCCCUGAAAAUCUUCCACUGUUUGUAGCUAUUGCUAUAGGCUCACAGAUCAAGUUUGCCGAAUUUUCGCUGCUUGAGAUUCGGGAGGGUAAUCGGACACUUGAAACAUCUCAGCUGCGGUAUUCGACAGGUGCGUUGAGCCUUAUUUCUCCAGAAGGCCAAGCAAAAAUUCAGUUGACGCUCGAAAACCUAAAGGGUCAGAUUGACCUGGUUCUACAAAGUCUUAAGACCCCAGCCACCGAGACUCCGGCCACCGAGGCCCAGGCCAGCAGUAGUUAA